GACCGUGUCAUAGUUACAACUGUGUAAUUGUCUGCUAUCGUGGACCGGUUACAUGUCGAAGGACCUAACAAUGAGGGCCUAAUCCGAAAUCUGUGGGAUUUAAACCUCACAUCAUUUUACGAGUCGAGGAUAAACGUAUUCGGAUACCAUUUAUAGGUAUGGCCUCCCAGUUGCAAGUAUUUUCUCCACCGUCUGUGUCCUCCAGUGCCUUCUGCCGAGUGAAAAAAAUGAAGGUGGAGAGUUGUGCUUGGGAUGUCUCUAAUGAGGCUUAUAGCUCUGUCAGCCAGGCCUAUAGCUUCAGCUCUGCUGCUGCACUACCCUUUAGCUCCUCAGGCCUGGUCUUUCCCCCAGCCUCCCGUGGCCAGGUGGUCGUGCGGGCUGCCGACAGCACUGGUAGCCUGCCACGGGGGUCUAGUCGCCGCACCUCCCACAAUGCUCAUCCUGUAGAUUCUCACAGCUCUCGGGGACAGAGGUACGGUGUUAAGAGAAAGAAUGAAGAAGUGGAAAGUUCUAGCGGCGGUGGUGGAGGUGGCAGCGGAAGUGGGAGCGUGCAGAUCCUGGAGGAGCUAUCUGCCCCUGCUUUCUCUGCCCGGACUUGUGGGGGAGGGACCACCGCCCAGUCCAUCCCCCAUUCUGCUCCCACAACUAAAAGCAGCAGUUCCAACGGCGAGGGUGACUACCAGCUGGUGCAGCACGAGAUCCUCUGCUCUGUCUCCAGCAGUUAUGAGGUGCUUGAGUUUCUUGGCCGUGGGACCUUCGGGCAGGUUGCCAAGUGCUGGAAACGUGGUACCAAUGAGAUUGUGGCCAUCAAAAUUCUGAAGAACCAUCCAUCUUAUGCCCGUCAAGGCCAAAUAGAGGUGAGCAUUCUGAAUCGGCUCAGUGCGGAGAAUGCUGAUGAGUUCAACUUCGUGCGUUCCUACGAGUGCUUCCAGCAUAAGGGCCACACCUGCCUGGUGUUUGAGAUGUUGGAGCAGAACUUGUACGACUUUCUGAAGCAGAGCAAAUUCAGCCCUCUCCCGCUGCGCCACAUACGGCCCGUGCUUCAGCAGGUUGCCACGGCGCUGAUGAAGCUGAAGAGCCUGGGUCUCAUCCACGCUGACCUGAAGCCUGAGAACAUCAUGCUGGUGGACCCUGUCCGCCAGCCGUACCGCGUCAAAGUUAUUGAUUUUGGCUCUGCCAGUCACGUUUCCAAGGCAGUGUGCUCCACCUAUCUGCAGUCUCGCUACUACAGAGCUCCAGAAAUCAUCCUUGGCUUGCCCUUCUGUGAAGCCAUUGACAUGUGGUCGCUCGGCUGUGUCAUUGCCGAGCUCUUCCUGGGCUGGCCUCUGUAUCCUGGUGCUUCAGAGUAUGACCAGAUCCGAUACAUAUCUCAGACCCAAGGCUUGCCAGCUGAAUAUCUGCUGAGCGCAGGCACAAAGACUAUUCGUUUCUUCAACAGAGGUCCUGACUCCAGUUAUCCCCUCUGGAGAUUAAAGACCCCGUCAGAACACGAGGCAGAGAUGGGCAUUAAGUCAAAGGAAGCUCGCAAAUACAUUUUCAACUGUCUGGAUGACAUGAUGCAGGUGAACCUGUCCUCGCACUUGGAGGGGACGGACAUGCUGGCAGAGAAGGCGGAUCGGCGGGAGUUUAUUGACCUGCUGAAAAGAAUGCUUAGACUGGACGCAGAUAAAAGAAUCACACCCACCAAGACUUUAGCACACCCUUUUGUUACUAUGAGCCAUCUGCUAGACUUUCCACAUAGCUCCCAUGUCAAGUCAUGCUUCCAAAACAUGGAGAUAUGUAAGCGCCGGAGCAGUAGUUAUGAGAGUGGAAAGGCUCUCUUUGCUGCUAAUGCUGUCCCAGGUACUGCAGGCAACCUGACUGUCACCUUCAGCAGUCAGCUCAACCAACACAAUCAGGUGCCUUCAGGGGGAAGUGCUGUUCCACUCCUCAACUAUCAGCCAGCCCUUUAUCAGCAGGCCACCAUAAACAUCCCGGGCCUGACCCAGCCCAGCAUCCCCCUCCAGACUCGCCCAACCCAGCUAUGUACCCAGACCGAGCCAUUCCAACAAACCCUCAUCGUCUGCCCGCCCGCCACCAUCCAAGGGCUUCAGUCUUCCAGUAAGGGAUCCAGCUAUCCAGUUAGGAUGGAGAACGGAGUGCCUGUAGUUCAGCAGAGCCAGUCGACGCAGGCUCUACAGCUCCAGCCAGGAAUGCUUGCACAGGGUUCCUGUACCCCUCUGAUGGUGGCUACACUCCACCCCCACACAGCGGGCGUGGCAUCCCAGUACCCGCUCCCUUUGGCGCUGGGCUGUGGGGCAGGAAGGCCUGCCCUACUGGAGCAGACAGCCACCGUGCUGCAGGCCUGGCCAACUGGCACGCAGCAGAUCCUCAUCCCCUCUGCAUGGCCCCAGGUGCCUGGUGUGGCCAUUCACGGCAGUGGUCACCAGACUGUUGUCACAGAUUCACCUUUGGAGACUAUGCUCUCAGACUCCUCUGCUCAGCAGACAUCCAGCUGGAGGGCAUCUCAUAGUGGACAGCAUGGUGGAGUUCUCCAGCAGAAUCCUCAUAUCCUGGCUGGUCGCCUAACCCUCGAUGCCUCUCAGUCCCUCGGCAGAGGCACGUCGAAUGCCGUGAGGUCAUCACAGAGCAAGAGGGUCAGAGGACGCUGUGUGGACAGCAGAAGCAGCAGCUCUCUGGUGGCAUCGCCGUCUUGCAGCGCUGCCCAGUCUCAGCCUAUCGUCAUUUCUGACACACCCAGCCCUGCCGUCAGCGUCAUCACCAUCCACAGUGACUCAGACGAUGAAGAUGAGCGCAAGUUCCACCCUGCCAGCUAUGGACCAAACCAGAGGGCCAAUGUUAUAAGCUGCGUGACAGUGCAUGACUCAGACUCCUCCACCACUAGUCCACUGACUCCCAUGCCUCAGAAGAGCCUUUUGGGCACACAGUCUAAACGACUGUCCAAGUCCUUGGCUGUUGUUGCACCCUCUGUGAAAAGCCAACCUGGGGAAAGUUCUUCAUCCUCUAAAGCAUCCCUAACAGAAGCCUCACAGAAUUCCUACAUUAAGCCUAAAAGGGCAGCUGCAGAGCAGUCCUGCAGCUCAGGAGACAGUGUGAACCACCAUCAGCAAGAGCCCAGCAGAUCCCAACCGCUCAACCUCAGCCAGGAUUGCACAAGUAGCUCCUCUCUGCGUCGGCAGCACACGUACCCACCUGUCACAUCUCAUUACCGUCUUCAGGAGGCUUUGUCUUUCAGCAGUGGCCCUAACCUCUACACUUACCCUGCCUCUGCUGCCCUUGCCUCUGCCUCCCACGCCAUGGAACAGCUGCUUGUCCAAGGCCCCUCCCCCUCCACACAUGCCCCACCCACCAGCCACUAUGGACUGCCCACCCAUUAUCAGCAGCAUUUCCCUACUCAUCCUUAUGUGACUACAAGCACCAGCACCACCAGAGGAGGUGGAAACUACAGUGGCUACCAGCUAAGCCCUCGGAGAGUCACCCAGUACCCUUACCUAUGAGCCAUGGAGACGGAGAAUUCAUCCUGACGAAUUAGUAACCAAAUAAAUCGACAUCCUCAGAUACUCUCCACAGAGUUACCAUUGAAACUGCUGCAUCAUGAACUGAUUACGUAUUUAAUUGUACUAUUUUAGACAUUUUCGAAGAUGUUGGUAUGUAGAAUUAUUAUAUUUUACUGGUCUUAAUUUGUAUUUUUCACUGCACAGCUCUAUUAUGUGUUAGGUAAAUUCCUUUUUAAGUCUGAGUUAUUGUAAAACGGCCUAGAGAAGAGGUGCCGGAUGAACUGUUCAGUUGAAAGCCGAUUCUAGGGCAGUAGAGAAACACUAUUUGUGCUCUGACACAUGUGACUGAGGGAUCGUGAUAUUUCCCUAUUCGUUUUACUUCCAGUUAUGUUGAAAAUCCACACUAAUAUAGUAACCUAUGUCU